GUCAAUGGGGUUGAAUUUAUGCUUAAAUUCAUAAUAUAACAGUUUUCAAAAUGCCCCCUAAAAAGAAAAGUUCAUCAGACGAAAAUCAGUAAGUCCUAUUUUCUUUAGCUCUCUCAUAAAAUCAUUGUAUCAAUUUCUGUUAAUGUUUUUUUUUUAAAAUAAGCACCAUAUUACAUUUGCAUUUUUGUGUUAGUUCAAUUUUUAAAAAUCUUUAUUGAUUUGAUUAGUUUUGGAACAUGUUAAUUAUUUUGUUUUUUUCCAUAGUGUUAACUCUUUUGGCAAGAAGAUUAGCAUUCCCAGUGUGCCUACUCCACCACCAGGACCACCUCCUCAGCAAAUUAAAGGAAAGCGACCUAUUCCUCCAAUAGGACAACAACAGCAGGUGACGGUUUUUGUGGCUAUUUACUCCCUAGAUUAAAUAAUAUUUAUAAUAUUUAGCCUUCACCACUCUCUAUCAUUUAAAUAGUUGUAUGUUUAUAUGAAAUUUUUUAAAAGUGUAUUUUGACAUGUUAUUUUUUUUCUCAUCUGAUAAGUUUCAAAUAUUUAGGCCUACAUUCAACAUAACUUCAUCACAUUUUGAUAUUUAAUUUUGUAUAAUGAUAUCUUACUUCAAAAGUUAUUGUUAUUUUGGAUCUGAUCUUAAAAAUCAAAUUUCGUUCUGUUCACCUUUCCCAGCAAAUGCAAUGAAAUCUGUAUUAUUAUGAUUUCUUUACUUGAUAUUAUAUUUAAAAGCAUUUCACACUGACUAAUUUUCUGUUAUUUGUUCUCAAUUUAAUUUAGUAUUCAAAGAAAUAUUCUUUACUUGGCUUUGUUCUGCUGUUUACAGAUGCUAGCUGAAAACAGAACACAGAAUGACGUAACAGAAGCUGAGUUUGAAUCAGAGUCAUUUAAAGAGACUGUGAUGAAGAAGGCACCCAAAAAAGGGUAAUCAGAACUUGAAACUUUUGUGAGAAUGUAGUUUCAAGCUAAGUUACACUUAACUGAGUAUUAACAAUGCUCUCUUUCUUUUGUCAAUAACUGAGUGUUUUAAAUACAUUUAAAAUUAAAAUGAACAUAGCCUAUCCCAUUAUGAUUUUGCACUUAUUUCAGUGAGCUAAGCUAUUGCUCUGUUAACAUAUAUGAGGUCUUUAACUUAACUCCCCCUACAAUAUCAUUAAAAUAAAAUAUAUAGAGAUUUUUCAGUGGUAAAUAAAACUUGGUCAUAUAGAAAGCUUUGAAACAGUACAGAUUCUGUCUGCUAAUAUUAUUAUAAUUCAUUUGAUUAUUUAUACUUUCAUUUCUUUAAAUUCUUCAUUUUAUAUCAUAUUGGCCAUAAAGAUUCUCAAUGUUAUAUCAUAUUGGCCCUAAAGAUUCUCAAUGUUAUAUCAAUAUUGGCCUAUAAAUAACAAUUAAUAUUAUGAAGUUAUUUCCUAAAAUAAAAAUUUAAUGAUAUUUCUUAUCUUAUAAUGUCUGAUUGUUAGAAAAAUGCCCAUAUCAAAAUCCAAGGCUCCUGUUCGGAACCCUAUAAUGCAGCAAUUUGAAAAAGCUCAAGCAACAACACUAAAUUUGGCUGAAAAGUACUCUGAAUAUAAAGAAGAAUCUAUUGUACCAGAUGAAGAAAAUUCCAGGUUAGUUCAGUGUUAAAAUAUGUUAAAUUAAUUCUUAAUUGAAACAUGGUUAUCAGAUUUUAUGAUUUUAAUCAUAAAAUAAUUUAAAUUUAUAUAUAUUAAAAUUAUAUAACUCACAGAAACAAUCUGAAAAAAAGAUAUGCUAUAAACAAAACUGCUAUUGCAAAUUUAUAUGCUAUUUUUAUAUUGCAAAAUUUUUUUAACCAAAGACAUUAAUUAGCCAAAAUAUUUGCAAAGACAUGACUAUUAAGUUGUUUGUUGUAUCUGUGACUAUAUUAAAUUGAUAUGCUUUCUCAAUGAUUUUGAUAAAUGGCAAGGCUAGGAAAUAAUACAUUUCAAAAAUUCUGUUUUUUUUACCUCAAUGUUUAAAAAUAAUUCAUUUACAACUUCUGUAGAACAAGCAUUAUUACAAUGGUUGACUCAUUUUGACUCAGUCAUUCAGAUUUAUUGCAUGAAAUUCAAAACUUCAAGAAAAAUAAACUGCAAAAGAUAAGGAAAGCUGUGGAUGAUGAAACGUCCAAGGAUAUGUUUGAUCAAGAUUUGGAAUCUCCCAAACCAGUCACCUUAAGCCAAGCUGCUCUAUGCUUCAAUUUUUGGCAAGGUGACAGUUAUCCA